GCGUGCGCAUUGGGGAAGGACGGGGCGGCAUUCCAUGGAUCGCUGCUGCGCGUGCGCCGGAACGCCGCCGUUUCCCGGCGCAUGACUCAUCAGCAUGGCGGAAGCUAUGCCCGAGAUGGAGGAUGAGGAUUUCUUGUUUGCGCUCAAGCUCCAGAGGGAGUGGGAAGAGGAGGAUAAGGCAGCGGCAGCGGAGGAGGCGGCAGCGGAGGAGGCGGCAGCGGCAGCAGCAGCAGCAAAACGCUCCGAUGUCCCGCCGUACCGCGCGUCCCCCCGCCCGAUGUCGGUGGUGGACGAGGCGUGGGAGCUGCUGGACCCCAGCCCCGACGUGCACGGCCUGUUCGUGCACUUCAACCAGACGCUCUUCUGGAGGAAGCUGGAGGCUGUCACGGUGUCCUGGAGCCCCCGCAUGACCAGCUCUGCUGGAAUCUGUACAUAUCAUGAAAAAAGUGGAUUGUGUUCCAUUCGUCUGAGUGAGCCACUACUAAAGUUAAGACCAAGGAAGGAUCUCGUUGAGACACUGUUGCAUGAAAUGAUCCAUGCCCUGCUCUUUGUUACUCAUAACUACAAAGAUCGUGAAUCUCAUGGACCAGAGUUCUGCAAACACAUGCAUCGCAUUAAUCGCUUGACUGGAGCCCAUGUCACAAUUUAUCAUAACUUUUAUGAUGAGGUUGAUGUGUACCGCCAGCACUGGUGGCGAUGCAAUGGCCCCUGUCAAAACAGAGGACCUUACUUUGGGUAUGUGAAGCGCUCGAUGAACAGAGCACCCUCUGCACACGACCUCUGGUGGGAUGACCAUCAAAAGACAUGUGGGGGCACAUUCACAAAAGUGAAAGAGCCAGAGAAGUUCUCCAAGAAAUCAAAGCAUAAAACUGAGACAGCAAAACUUCCACAUUUCAAGUCAAAGAACAAAGGCAAGACACAAAUGCAUGGUACUCAAGAUCUGAUGCCUUUUAGUGGAAUGGGUUACCGGCUUGGAGGAGGAGACAAUGUACUUUCAGAAAAAGACACAAAUGCCAGCAGCAGCAUUGGAAACAGUGAAGCACAUGGUUCACAGCAUCAUUCAGCAGUAAGGACAAGACCAAUCCCUAAAAAUGAGAUAAAAUUUGAAAAAUUACCCCAUAGUGGCAUCUUUCCACUUCAUACCGAUGAUGCCAGUGAGAAGAUCAACUUAACUUUAAAGCAUGAGUUUCCUAAACUCUCCGUUGCUAACACAGAAGAUUACGAGAAUGAUAGUGGAUUGCCUGCUAGAAUGGCUCAUAUUAGGGAAUUAAAAUCAAACCAAGGCUCUGCAAAUAACAAGAGGGCUCUGCCGUCUCCCAGCCGGCCACCCAAACAAAUUUGUCUGGAGCAGACAACAACAGCUCAGGUUGCAUCUGAGAAAAAAAGCUUAGAAUGUGUUAAUACACCACAGCAAUGGCCAAAAAUGGAAGACAAAACUGCCUUUGAAAAGUAUUUCAUUAAAAAAGGGGGUACUGGUGUCACUUCAAGUAUAAAUACAACUAUGAAAACCAAAGCUGAAUUUACACAGUCCUCUGCAAGUUCUAGCAAUCCUGUGAGGCAAGAUAAAAAUGUCAGUUGUCCUGUCUGCGAAACUGAAGUUUUGGAAUCUAAAAUAAAUGAACACCUUGAUUCUUGUCUUGCAUGAAACAGCAGAAAGCUGUCUCAAAAAGAUAAAUCAGGGCUGAAAACAUUGCUUGAAAGUUACUUUGCUCAGUUUGCUUAGCUGUGGUUACAUUCCUGUGUGCCUGUUCUGAAAUGGAAUUUAAACUGUUACUGACCCCCAUAUCCUGACACUAGUAAGUAAAAGCUGCUAGCAAUAUUGGUAAAGACUGUUCCUAGACAUGCCAUAAAACCCUUCAUGAUUUUUUCAGUUAAAUUUCCAGUCCUUUACAGGUCAAAUUAGGAUUAAAAUGUUACAUUAGUUGACAGUCUUUAUUUUACUCCUUUUGGAAGCCAGUCAGCUUGGUGGUUAGUACCUAAGAGGCCAGUCAGUUGAGUACUAAAGUCAUUGUGCCAUGAAAAGUUAGGAAUGUUUUCUAGAUAGGCUUUCUGAAACAUUAAUAGUUCUCUUGUUGCACUAAAGUAUUUAACGGGUUAAACAUUAAAUAGCUUGAUACCUCACCUGUAUUUAACGGGUUAAACAUUAAAUAGCUUGAUACCUCACCUGUAAAACUGUAAAUAUGUUUGCUUAAACAUAAAAUUGUUUUAGCAUAGUUUUUAAGCAAAAUCGUUUUAUGUCUUGCUGCUGUCAUUUUCAAUGGCUGUAUCAGCCUGGUUUGUGCCUUUUGCCUCAUUACUUGCUGCUCUUUUUAAACAUUUUGUAUUUUUUAAAAUAAUGCCACUACAGAAGUUUAAUGUAAGUAGUUUUGUUCUUGCCUACUCUAAAUAAAUUGUUACUGAAUUUUAAAUUUCCAUUAA